AAAUUCUCUGAUAUCCCGUCUAAUCUACCAAAUCCCACAAUAUCUCUUUUAAUCCCUUCGAAUUUGACUUUUGAGUUGCAAAAAGAACUUUUACACCCUCAAAUUACACUUAAGAAGGCCCAUAAUUUACCACCUUACAAUUUUAAAUAAAUUUCAGUUAUGAAAAUAAAAAUUUUAUUUCCGAUUUCCGCCUUCCGAUUUCCGAUUUCCGGCGUUUUUUUCCUUCCGAUUUCCGAUUUCCGAUUUCCGAAAAAAAAUUUUGAUUUCCGAUUUCCGAGUUCCGACUUUUGAGUCAUUUCCGAUUUCCGACAGUUCCGAUUUCCGACACCUCGGGCUGUUCCGACCCACCUCUGCCACAAACAUCCCCUAGAGAACAACAAAAAAGAGAAGUCUUCCAUUUACUAAAUUAAUUUCUAAUCCCUUAUGUAUUUCCAGCCGGCCAUAACCACACCCACUAGUAAUGUUAGAAAUAUACAGCAACAACGCCAUCCACCUAAUGCAGAAUUAAAAGCAUUAUUUAGUUUAACAGAGGCAUACAUUGCUGAAAGGAUAGAUAUUGAGCCGACACUCAAACCCUUCCAAAUCGACUACGUUCCCGCUGUUGGGGACGUCGAUCCCUUCAUAAAAGUACCACGUCAAGACGAGAUUCAAGCAAUGGGGGCAGACUGGUUAUGGACUGGAUUAAUGGCUGUCCAUCCAAACGAGGAUUUACAACUUGGAUUGACCGUAUUGGACGAGCCAGCAGCUAUUCAAUCAGACCCAGCAAUUGUUGAUUUAAGGCUACAUCAAUUAUCAGGGAAAAGCGGGGCUUCUGUUGAUGCUCCGGUUAAGAAGCUGUCUAGAGCUGACAAAAAUGCAAAACAAAUUGACCGCUGGAUUCAAUCAGUGAAGGAAUUGAGACGUACAAAACCUCCAGAUAGGGUACACUAUGGAAAACCUAUGCCUUCUAUAGAAUCGCUAAUGCAAGAAUGGCCACAGAGUGUUGAACAAAAUUUAAAGGGAAUGAAGUUGCUACUCAACGACAAUCUUGAUGCUGCCCUAGAAGAUUAUGCAGACAUUUGCUUGUCUCUAAUAGACAUCCCAGUACACAAAAACCGUCUAGAUUCUCUCCAUGUUUUAUUCUCUCUUUACGCCGAAUUUCGAAAUUCUCAACAUUUUAAAAAUUUGGCAUUAGGGGGAAGUCGGCAAGGAUUUAACAAUGGAAACGAUGACGAUUUGGAAAUAACAGAACAAUUAUUAUUAAAUAAUACAUCCUCAACUAUUGACCAUCUUGUAGUUGAUGAUGAUGGAGAAAUUAAAUAA